AGACGCAUGACUCGUCGGUUUCGUAGUGGGGAUCACGGUAAAAUCGAGCGAUUUAUAUAGAAGAAGGAAUGCUUGCCACACCAGCAUUUGAGUUUCGAACGGUGAAUCGCAUGAUCGUUAAAUCUCCCAGUCCCGUUGGAUAUCACUGGUGAAAUUUUUGCGUGUUUAUCGAGUUUACUAAACGCCUCGAGAUAUUUGACAAUCAUGCUGAAAUACACCAUACUCUUCACCACUGUGUUCUGCAUGGUGCAGUCGCAACGGCCGUGGCAUGCUGGGAGCGGUUCUCGUCUGCCUCAAGUUCUGCCUCAAUAUAUCGAUGAGCGAAUAGCGGCGGAGCAAGCAGCUCAAGCAGGUCAAGCAGCUCAAGGGAACCAAACCAUACCGAAUCAAGGGAUUCAAGGAACCUCAGGGAGCCAAGGAGCUCAAGAAAUUCCUGUGCGCCAAGGGGCACAAGGAAUCCCAGUGAAUCAAGGAGCUCAAGAAAUUCCAGUGCGCCAAGGGGCACAAGGAAUCCCAGUGAACCAAGGGGCUCAAGGAAUCCCAACUUAUCAAGGGGCUCAAGGAAUCCCAACUUAUCAAGGGGCUCAAGGAAUCCCAACUUAUCAAGGGGCUCAAGGAAUUCCAACUUACCAAGGGGCUCAAGGAAAUUCAGCUGAACAAGAAGUUCAAGGAACUCCAAUAACUGGUACCGGUAACACGCUGCUCGGAAACCGAAUUGACAGUGGAGAUGGCGGUUUUGCAGCUGCACCGCCUCUGAGCACGACCAUAAAUCCAGCUGAUCUACCGGUCGAUGCUCACGGCGAUAUUGACCUGGUGAACAGGAUCAAGACCUGGCCGAGGGACAAGCAACCCUUCUGGUACAUCAACUGGCAGGCGAUCCAAGCCCAUCGUGGCGACGUGAACAACACUGGCCAGCCAGCUCAGACGCAACCGAACUCGAGAUCGUUCUUCGCGGGUUAAGACUUAAGACACCGGACAAAUUCUAAAUCGGACAACCGACAAGACUGUAAAUUUAAGCAUUUGCUUCUAGCAGUAAGAUAAGGAUCGUCGAUAUUUAUGGUCGUUGACGACAGCGGUUAUUCCUAGUCAAAACUGUCUCUUUGGAGAACGCGAUUUCACAUUUACGUUUCGAAGAGUCGUCAAACAGAAUUAUUUAUAUCGAUCCGGUUUCUCGAGGACAGAGGAUUCGGAUUUUCGGACGCGAUCGAAAGAAAGGUCACGUGAUUGUGCGAAUUCGCAUGACUUGCUUUUAUAUACAAUAGAAUUAGUGACCGAAUUUUUAUACGAAAAAAA